AUGGCUUCACCGCGCAAGGAUCCCUCCCCUAGCCCGACACGAACCAAGGCUACAUCGGGGAACAAGGCCACUCCCAAGAUCCAACGCCCUACUUUCACCUGGACCAACGACGCGGUCCUGAUCGGUCAGGAGGGACCUGAGAUCGGUGCGAACAAGUUCGAGCUGCUUCCUAGUGAGAUCAGGCUAGGGACGGGGAACGUGUUGGAUUAUUCUAGUCCGAAGAUCAGCGAGGGGGAUAUUGCGAGGAUCGCGCAGAUGUAUCCUAGUGCGGGUGGGAGUGAGGUGGCGGGGAAGAGCGAGUGGAAGGGGGGUUGGACGCCGAUCAAUAUGGCGGCUGGGGCUCGGGCGUAG